AUGGUCCACAUUUUCAUUCCUCGGAGAAUCAGAAAGAUAAGUGAUUGGAAGGAGUACAGUGUACACAAAUCAGACGUGUGGUGUAGAACCCAGUAUCUUUGCGAAUCCCUUGUACUGUACAAGCUGCACCGUAUUUUACUUUUCACUUUGUUUCCUACCAGGAUGGAGUGUUGUUUGCAUCAACCUGUGGACUUUCACAGUAUUCAUGAAGUCAUCAGUUAUUUGCCAUCACCAUUACCAGUGAAACACUAUGAUCCUGACACAACCGAACCAAUUAGCUUUAGCCUUCAGACUUUGGAUGAGCUGUUGGCGUGGAAACAAACUGAGGUGAAGCACUUUAAUAUUGCAGUAGUUCCUCUGGCACCGAGACAACCUCCACUGUCCAGUUGCCUACAUCGCACUUUGGUAUCUCAUGACAUGAUGGGCGGAUACUUAGAUGACAGGUUUGUUCAAGGUACAGCUGCCGAAGCUCCAUAUGCCUUCUACCACUGGCAGUACAUUGAUAUUUUCAACUACUUCACACACAACUUGGUGAGCAUUCCCCCUGCAGUCUGGACCAAUGCAGCACAUAAACAUGGAGUUCUUGUUCUUGGAACAUUCAUCACAGAAUGGACAGAUGGAGCAGCGACAUGUGAGGCCUUCCUUAACGAAGAGCGGUAUCGUGAAGUAGCUGAUAAGCUAGUUCAAUUGAGUUAUUACUAUGGCUUUGAUGGCUGGCUCAUCAAUAUAGAGAACACACUCAGUGACACUGCUGUGAAGACAACACCCUUGUUUCUGCGCUAUCUGACAAAUCAGAUGCAUCAACAAGUCCCUGGCAGCAUGGUGCUUUGGUAUGACAGUGUAAUUGAGAAUGGGGAGCUAAAAUGGCAGAAUGAAUUAAACCAGACCAACAGGGUUUUUUUCGACGCAUGUGAUGGUUUCUUCACCAACUACAACUGGACAUCACAAAACCUUGAAUGGAUGGCUGAUUACAGUCACGCCAAUGGGCGCAAGGCUGAUAUCUACGUAGGGGUGGAUGUUUUUGCCCGUGGUGAGGUAGUAGGAGGAAUGUUUGAAACCCAUAAGGCGCUGGAAAUCAUCCGAAAGUACAACUUUUCUGCUGCAAUCUUUGCUCCCGGUUGGGUGUAUGAGACCAAAGAAAAGACCGAACUUCGUCAUAACCAGGAUAAAUUCUGGGCUCUUCUGAAAAACUACCUGUACAUUCAUCGCCCAGCUAUGUCGCUCCCCUUCGUUUCUUCCUUUUGUCAGGGAUUCGGGAAUGCUGUCUAUUGGAAAGGAAAGCAUGAAACAAAGAAGAAUUGGUUCAACCUUACUGCCCAGGAAAUCCAGCCAUGGUACUACCACGAGCAAUUAGAGGGUCGUGGUUGGAUACAGAGCCGUGCUUGCUCAGAGGAUGCCUGGAAUGGAGGAUGUUCACUCCUCAUAGAUGGUCUCAUCCCUGCGAUACGCACUUCUCCUGUCUGUGCUAAGAUCUUCUCCAUACACGUGCCUCUGUCUGAGGCACUAGUCAGCUUCGUAUACAAGUCAUCUUCUCAGGUCACAAUUUCGCUGGAGCUCAAAAUAUCUGAUGCUGGUCUUGGCGAAGACAUGCAUAGCCAGGACAUCAAAUUAAGAAGUGUGUCUCCAGUUCUACUCCAUGAAGAUGAAUUAAUUCAGCAGUUUCCCCAUCUAAAGGAAAAUAAGAAUACAACUUGGACCGUCAGGUAUUCUAAAUUGGAUCUGCAAGGUUGUAUUCUUAGAGAAAUUGGUGUUAACAUCCAGCUGGUUGGAGAGCCUAGUGACACAACCUUCAGCUGCAGGAUGGGAGAAAUAAUGUUCCUGGAUACAGCCAGUCUACACGCGGCCCCUGAGUGUGUCCAAGAGUUUUCUAUUUACGACAUCGUGUGGCUGCGUGGUGCUGGUGCAUCUUCCCAUUCUACUUCCUGCUGUUUGUAUCUCAAUGCAACGUUACAAUGGAAGUACCCGACCAAGCUUGUACGCCAUUUUAAGGUGUACUGCCGCCAGCUGAAAGCUCCAAAUAGUCAAAUCCCCGAAGACGAACUGGUUGCGGUGGGCCGAGCAUAUUCUCAACUUUAUAGAAUAACCGAGCUCCCGGUGCCUGAACCGCCGGGCCAGCUGGAACUUCUGGUGGAACCAGUAACUUGGAAUGGAUUCCAACUCCCAAUGAGGUGUUGGGGGAGAAGAAGUGUCAAUUACACUGAGACUUAA